AUGUCACAAGCCCAUCGUCCGACUUGGAACCCAACUCAAGGAAGAGAAACGAAAUCCGGUUCUCAACAAGUCUCCAAACAUGCUCUAGCGGCAUAUACGAAAUUGAAAUUCCGUCAACCUGGUCAAACCUCCACUUCCGAUGUAGUUAGACGUGAUCUACGUGCGGAUCUGUUAGCUGCUGAGAGGUUAGCAGCUGAGAAGAAGAGGAAAGCUUCUGGAAUAGAAGAACCCGUUACCGUUUCGACGAAUUUAAGGAUAAAUGUUGAUGAAGAUGAAGAAAGAAAGAAAAGAAGAAAAGUUUUGGAACAAGCUGCUGAAUUGGAUAAAGAUGAUAGUGAUGAUGAUUCAAAAAAUGAACCAGAAGAGGAUGAUGAUAGUGAAGAGAGUGAUUCGGAUGAUGAAGAUGAAACGGCCGCUUUGAUGGCUGAAUUGGAGAGUAUAAAAAGGGAAAGAGCAGCGGAGAAAGCUAGACAGGAAGCAGAAUCAUCAGCGAAACAAACCGCUUCACGCGAAGCUGAAAUAGCUACCGGUAAUCCUCUUCUCAACCUUCAAGCAGCCCUCGGUCAAACUCCUUCCACACCAGGUUCGACAACAACAACUUUCGCAGUGAAACGUAGAUGGGAUGAUGAUGUCAUAUUCAAGAAUCAAGCUGCUGGUGUUAGUGAUAAACCGAAGAAAGGAGAGUUUGUGAAUGAUUUAUUGAGGAGUGAAUUUCAUAAAAAGUUUAUGUUAAAGUGGGUCUUUUUCCUCCUUUCUUUUUUUGCUCAAACGGAUAAGUAA